AUGAUUCCAUUCUUUGAGAAGGAGACAAGACUCACCACAAUUAAUAUUCAAAUGGGUCAAGGCGAAAGUAGUAUAUGUAAAAAAGCUGGCCCUUAUUUGGUAGAACACGAAUGUGAUUGCAAAUUAUAUUACAACUGUGGAGGUAAAGACAGCAAAGAGUUAUUAAAAAAGUGUCCUUUUGGUCUCCAUUUCAAUAAAGAGCUAUUACUUUGUGAUGAUCCAAAGAGAUCAGGUUGUAAGCUUGAUGGAUGUAAUAAGAAAAAUAAUGAAAUAAUUUCAAUUAGAAUCCCAAAUCUAGAAAAUAUAAUCCAUUAA